AUGAAGUCGAGCGAUUGGGACUACAUGAACCUGCGGGAGGAGGAGUUCCAGCAGAAGGUCAAUUACAUAGCCCCGGACACGCCGGUGUCACCCGGUGAGCCGAAUCGCGCCGAGGCGUCGUUGCCGAGGAACUUGGUCCUCAAACCCUCCCAGGAGUGCAACAAUGUGUUUGGAGUUUGGAGCACGGAGCGGAUCCCGAAGGGGACUCGUUUCGGACCGCUGGUCGGGCAAAUCUACAUGAAGGAUGCGGUGCCACCGGACACGGACAGAAAGUACUUUUGGAGGAUUUACAAGAACGACGAGCUGUUCUACUACAUAGACGGAUACGACGUGCAAAAGGCAAACUGGAUGAGAUACGUCAACCCGGCGUACUCCUCCGAAUCGCAGAAUCUAAUCGCUUGCCAGUACGAGAUGAACAUUUAUUUUUACACCGUGAAAGAAAUCGAUCCUAAUCAGGAGCUCUUGGUCUGGUACUGCCGUGAAUUUGCCGAGAGGCUGAAUCACCCGAUGACCGGCGAACAGAUGAUACAGAAGAUCCGGGAACAGCAGGUGCAACAGACGGCGCAGCAACAGCACCCGGGGAUCGAGAUGGCGGCGGGGCUCGAGGCAACGUCGACCCUCAAGGAGUCUGUGAUAUACGAGAGGCGCUCGCAAAUGACCCCGACGGACGGUAGCGUGAGGUCGGACGAGGGUUACCACUCGAACGGCUACCACGACGAGAUCCUCACGCCGCCGGAGGAGAGCAGCGAGUCCGACUCGGAGAGCAACUACGUCCUCGAUUUUUCCAAGAGCUCCAAGAGCACCGGCGCCCAACAACCACCACUACCACCACCACCUCGCGGUCGGCUUAUGAGGCAAGAGCACAGCGUCGCGCGCAACGAUUACCGCAAGGUCAAGAUCAAAAUGAACCGGACGUACGGCAACUUUCAACAAUCCAACCCAAACAGGGAGUGCAACAACAACAACAACAACAACAGCAGCAGCAGUCCCAAGGAGGAGGAGCAGCUGAUGCGCGAGCAACGCUCGAUAACACCGGAGCUCGUGUUGCCCGUGCAAAAGCUCCUGGCCAACAGUUCGGUCGUAUUGAUAACCCCGUCGACGACGACGACCGCGUCAACGGCCACGACGCCCAACAGCAGUACUCCCGAGGACGCGCUGCUCGACAGUAGCAACAACAGGCAGCCCCAGCCAAAGGGCACGUUCGGCUACGAGAGAUGCAGCCCCAGUCCCAUGUCGACGACCACGACCACGACCACGACCACGACGCUGCUGAGCGGCCAGCAGCCCCGGCCCUACAUCGGCGCGAGCUCCUCCAUCCUCGAGAACAUACUCCUGCGCAGCAGCACCGACAGCAACAACAACACGCCCAGCAGUGCCGGUAACAACAACAACAACAACAACAACAAUGUCAUACACACGGGACACCUGGUAGUGGUUGCAACUGCGGCGGCGGCUCACGUCCCGGACUCGGUGACCCCCUCGCCCUCGAGUCCCACGGAAAUGGCCUACUCGUACAAAAAGUCGCACCGCUACAGCAACAUCCUGCCCUGCAGUCCCGACUCCUCGAGCUCGAACAACAACAACAACAGCAACAACAACAACAACAAUACCAACAACGGCCACUUGCUGCCCGUGGUGGUACCAGUUGAGCUAGCGAGUAGCAGCACCGGGCACCACCAGCAGCUCCUGCACUCGAGCUCCUCGCCCAGCAGCAGCAACGGAGGUGGCCUCCUAUUGGCCAGUAGUAGCAACGCGGCGACCACCUGCAGCAGUCCGGGUCUGAUGCACUCGAGCCACCUGGUCGGCAGUAGUAGCACGGUCCUCGCCUCGACCACUUCGGCUACGGGGGUGCACGCGACCUCGAGCUCGGGGGUCUCGUCGGCGGCCUCGUCACCGGCCAGCCGGCGCAAGACCAAGAGCCCCUCGCCCUCGCCCACCCAGCACACGCAGCACCCAACCACUACGAUACUUUACUCGGGCGAGACCGGGACCACCUCCGGGACGAGCAUCUACCAGGCUGUGUCGUCGCUGUCCUCGCUCUCCUCGCCCGUCCAUCAGGGCUCCUCGCCCUCCUACCCACCGUACGGCCAGCAACAACACCUCUACCACCAACAUCACCAUCAGCCAUUGUCGUCGCCGUCGUCGUCGUCGUCGGUGGUCAACUGCUCGAGCUACCCGCUCUACUCGCCCGAGCGAACCGCCAGUAGUAGUAGUGGUGGUGGUGGUGGCAACGAGGACCGUCGGCGUGCCGAGGCGAGCAGUAGCAGCCAAUUGCCUAGCUCGUCCACCUUAUCGCAGAUGGAGGGCAGCCAGGGCCUAAUCAGCGGUACCCACAAUCUCCACCUGGACAACCACCAUCACAACAACCACCGCUACUCGCCCAUGGCAGGCUCCAUGUCCCCAGACGAGCGUUGCUCCCAGAGCGGGGCCGUCAGCCCCAACUCCCAAGCCGGUGGCUCAAGGGGCUAUCGCUCCCUGCCCUAUCCCCUCGAGAAGAAGGACGGCAAGAUGCACUACAAGUGCAACGUAUGCUGCAAGACCUUUGGCCAACUCUCGAAUCUCAAGGUCCACCUUAGGACCCACUCGGGCGAGCGGCCCUUCAAGUGCAACGUCUGCACCAAGAGCUUCACCCAGCUCGCCCACCUCCAGAAGCACCACCUCGUCCACACGGGUGAAAAGCCCCACCAGUGCGACAUUUGCAAAAAGAGGUUCAGCUCGACGUCGAACCUGAAGACGCACCUCCGACUGCACUCGGGCCAAAAGCCGUACGCUUGCGACCUGUGCACGGCCAAGUUCACGCAAUUCGUCCACUUGAAGUUGCACAAGAGGUUGCACACGAACGAGCGGCCCUACACGUGCCAGGUGUGCGACAAGAAGUACAUAAGCGCGAGCGGGUUGCGCACCCACUGGAAAACCACCAGUUGUCGGCCCAACAACAUCGAGGACGAGCUGGCGCUGGCCGGCGCGGUUGGCUCGCCCCCCAACUACUACGAGUACGCGCCCGACGUUAACGUGGGUAGCAUGCCCACCUCGUUGCACAACCUCGAAAACUCGGUCGGCCGGCCGAGCGUCAUAGAGACUUCGCAGCCGCACAUCAUCGAGUGCACCUAAGGGGGAGGCGUGGACCCACCUACGAAGACUGCUU